AGCGCAUGCGCAAAUGCCGACACCUAGUGCUGUUAUCCCAAAAUUGACAACCAUCUGAUUGACAUCGCGCGUCGUGCGAUCGAGGUUGACGAAUGAAUUUUUCGCGUGUGUGAGUGAUUUUUUUUCAAUUUUAUAGAAAAAUCUCGAAUGCAUUUGAUUGUUCGUUUAUCCGCGAUGCCGAAAUUCGGUGGACUCGCGGCGGGCUCGAUCAGGUCGUGAGACAGGUUCUAUUUCGAUUGAUUCUAAAUGUUCUAAUUCGGCAUGGACGAGAUUUCAGAGCCCUUUAGGGAUGAGACAAAUUUUGCCGAAGAGCACGAUCGCGCCGAUCGUGCCGAUGUCACAAGGCAUGAUGUCCGUCCGCUUGAAGGAAUGGCAGUGGAGGAUAAUAUUUCAUCUGUGCAAAAUGAUCAUGGAAAUAACAUGUUUAAAAAAGAAAGCAGUUUGACAUUAAACAAAAACGGUGAAGAAUUGGGAUUAAAUUGUUUAACUGGCAAUAUCGGCUUAUCCAUCGCUUUCGAGGAAAAUAAGUCCAGCCCUAACAUUCCUAAUAAAAAACUUCAAACUUGUCAGUUGUCCAAUAGCGAGAGUCGUCUUUCAUACGACAGUGAAUCUCUUCGCAAUUCACUUUCUUAUCAUAUAAGCGUUUCAUUACCUGCGAUAUCGUCCUCAGAUUCGUACUUAGUCAGAGAUAAAACCAGAGCACUUGAAAACAAUGUACAUACACAGGCAAAUAUAGCAGCAAGUUGCACCGAGGAAGAGACGUUGUUUAAUCAGUCAAGUGAUGAGAAGAAGCCUUCACCUGAUUCCAUGAACAAAGGAAGUAUUCGAGCGUGCGAGAGUAAUUCAAUUCUGGAAGAUGAAUGCGAGAGAAAUUGCCUUAAGGAACAGAUAAACAAAAGCAGUAUACCCGAAGUGAAACAAUUUUCUGGAGGGGUGAUAGAUCCACGAUUACAGAUGGAUAAUAAAGAGACCUUGAAUGAGGGGAGUCAAGCCGAGAUAAAUGCAUGCAAGAAGAAUGAGCCGAAUUUAUCUUCGGCAUUAAACAUGAAUACGCGAGGUUUGGUGUCUCGACCAACACUAGCCGACGAUAGUAAACUCGUAAAAAUGUCACUUUUGACAAAUCCAAUGAAUAUAAUGCAGUCAAAUGUUCAGCUCCUAAACAAGAGCCGUAAUUUUUUAAACUUUAUUACAGAGAAGUCGACAAACAUUAUGGAGAAAGCUUUACUGCCGCAGCAUUUGGCAAUGAAAUACAAUCACAUAUCGAAGUCAGUCGAAACCGACUCCGCGAGAUUUUCUACCGGUAACGUGUCUUCCUCCACGAACGCAGCGUCUAAAUUGGACGCGGAUUCAAUAGUAAAUCGGAAUAAUACAAGUACGAUAAAACAUAAUCACGACGAGAGCGAAGAUAAAUUAGAUAACGUAAUAAAUAACGAUAAAAAAAUACAUCCAGUUGCAUGUGUGAAAGAAAAUAAAAGGUAUGAUGAAUUUGAACAACAGCUAUUACAUAAUCUUGAGAACGAAGUGGUAUCAGGUGGGAAGAAGUGUGCUUUUAAAAACAAUGACUUGAAUAGAUUAGAUUAUGAUGUAAUCAAUGAACAAGUGAAGGGCGACGUGUCAACGGAAAAUAAAAGUUUUUUGCAGACGGAAGAAUUAUACGAUGACACAUAUAAAAAAGACUCAUCUAAUAUUAGUACUUUAGCAGAUUUAGAUAUUUUGAAAUACGGCUCGCUGGAGCAUCCGUUGUAUCUAGCUCUGUUAGAAGAUUAUAUCAGUUUAAAACUGAAACAUUCGAAGCUGUUAGAGAAAACGGUCGAUUUAGAAAAAUCGAAUAGAUCGAACGGAUCGUUUCAAGAAACGGAAGCGCUUGUCUCACAGGUGGAGAAUUUGGAGAAAGCUGUGAAUAAAUUAACCGCCGACCUGAAUGCGUCACUGGACACACAAGAAGCCCUGAAGAAGGAAUGUAUUUCUGUUAAUAAGGAAAAGGAAGAUAUGGUCAUGAAAUAUGUAACUAGUGAGAAACAAUUGAUCGACACACAAAGAGCGAGAGACUGCACGGAACGUCGAAUUAAGGAGCUUCUAAAGGACCAGGAGUUACUACAAAAUAAGUUGCGUCAAACGCAAGGUGAGCGUGCAAGGAUAUGUAAUAUCCUAGAUGGGAAAUGUCGCGAAGUAUCUGAUCUUCAGAAAGAGAUGGAGAGUUUAAAAGAAGAUGUUAAAACGAAAGAGAUCAAACUUAAAUGGACGCAAAAUAAACUCAAAACUGAGAUGGAGUCGCAGAAGGAUACUCAACAGAAAUUAGAUAAAGCUUUGAUGAAAAUAAAUGAUAUGAAGGAGGAGUGCGAGCAGAUACGCCGCGAAACGCAGGAAUCAUUUCGUAAAUUUCAGCAAUCUGAAGAGAAUAAAGCCGUGACAUUGGAUCAACAGCUGAAAGAGCAUCAGGCACGUUUGAUCCUGGAAAGACACGUUACGGAGGAUAAAGAAACGUUGAGACUUCAGUUGCAAAAGGAGCUGGAGACGCUGAAAAUUAAGCAGCAAAAUUUAACCGAGGAAAAUAAGAGGCUUAGCCUAAAACUACAAGAGUCUGAGAAAGCUCGAUUGAACAAUGAAAAUGAUUUGAGUGAUUUAAAGAUCAUCGCGGAUCAGCGUCAGAAGCAAAUUACUGAAUUAUUAGAUAAAGUCUCUCAAUUAGAAGCAUUAAAAUUCCAACUGCAACAGAAAGAAGAACAUAUGGCGUCGAUAGAAAUGGAAUUGCUGCAGUUACGAUCGACCAACGAGGAACUGCGAUCUGACAUGCAGGCAUGCCGGCAGAAGGAAGCGGAUAUGUUGGACUUUACUCAAAAACUGACGGAUACGAACGUGCGUCUUCAAUCCGAAUUCACUGCGAUUCAAGGAAAGGCGGAUCAUCUUGAAGCCGAGCAGGGCCCGCUACAUGAUUGUAUCAGUGAAUUGACCAGCAGAAUCAAGACUUUGGAAGAAGACUUGAAGCAAGAACGCAAAAAGCGAAGAGAGGAAUGUGAGAUUCUAGCUAAGCAUGUUGCUGAACAGACACAAUUCGCGCAGAACUUUGCCCAGAAAUUGGAAGAAGCGCAAGGUGAAUACACACUAUUAAAGAGGAAACACCAAAGUUCUAUAAAAGAGUUGACACGAGAAUUGCAACAAUGUCGUAGAAAAUUAGAGAUAUUUGAAGCUACAUCUCCCAGUAAUUCAUUGGACAAUGCAUCUAGGACCGGAUCUAAUACUUCUUUAGCAGGUGAUACAUCAAAUGGUGCCUUAUCAGACAACAAUGCUAAUAGCGAUCAUACUAACUCUUUAGAAUCUAAUAAACAAAUACUAAUGGAUCGCAUUAUACAGUUGCAAGAAAUAAAUGUAAAAAGGGCGGAAAAGUUAGAUUUUUUAGAAGGACAUACACAGACAUUAGUCGAAGAAUUACAGAAGAAAACGAAAAUAAUACAAAAUUAUAUUUUAAAUCAAAGUUUUGGAGCUCUGACAUGCAACGAAAGAGAUCGAUAUAAGCAUAGCAAAAGCAGAAGGGAUAUAGUAGAGUUGGCACGACAUGGAGGUAUAAUGGCAUCUGUUUAUAAUCACCGAGUUUCGGAUGAGAAUAUGACCUUAGAACUUUCCUUAGAAAUAAACCAAAAAUUACAAACAGUUCUCGAAGAUACAUUAUUAAAAAACAUCAUGCUAAAGGACAAUAUUAAUACAUUAGGUAAUGAGAUAGCAAGAUUAACAAUGCAGCAUCAAAAACAUAUUGACAAUUAAUAAUUAUUACAUUGUAUAAGUAUGUAUAUAAUACAUCUAUACAUAAUCCAC